AGUUUUUAUAAAUAUAGCCAAUAACUUGAUAACCAUGGGAGGAACGUAUGACACCAUGGGAUCAGGUAAUAUCCCCAAAAAUGGAUUUUUCCUAUCAAAAACUGCUAUUAUAUUGGGUUCAAUUGUUGUCGUUGCAUUGUUUGUUGUUGAAGGUCUUCUUAUUGGACUUGUUGGUAGACCUGAGUGUGAACCGUACGCCCCGCUGCCAGAGUCUACUAAGGCGCCACAAAGCAGUUCAACAACUGCCGGUACUUCUACGACCACAACAGAUGCUACAGAAACGGGUCCUUGGACAAACAUACGUUUGCCAAACAACCUAAUACCGGAUGAUUAUGAGGUAGAAUUGAGACCGGUAUUAGAAGCAGAUACGGCUGGAAAGUACUGGUUUUAUGGGACAAGCUCAGUGUGGUAUAGAUGUGUCGAACCUACAAAUCAUAUUAUUAUUCAUUCAAACAAAUUGGAUUAUGCGACGGAGAACCUAGUCUUGGAGAAAGAUGGCACCAUAGUCAACAUAAAGAGUUCGAUGUUUUACGUACCUAAUCAGUAUUUAGUAGUCGAAACCGAAGAUCCAUGCAUAAAAGAUGGUUAUUACAAAUUAACUGUGAAAGAUUUUGUUGGAGAAUUGACUGAUGACUUAGCGGGACUCUACAGGAGCGAAUACGUUAACAGCGCUGGAGACAAUGUUGUCAUAGCCACAACUCAAAUGCAAGCUACAGAUGCACGGAAAACUUUCCCAUGUUUUGAUGAACCAGCCCUCAAAGCUAACUUUACUAUCACACUAUGGGUAAAAGACGGGACGUCCCACUUUCCUCUUUGCAAUAUGCCUGAAGCAGGCAAAAAGACGGACACGUUUGACGGUGAAUCAUGGACGGGCACUGUUUUUCAAGAAAGCGUUCCAAUGAGCACUUACUUACUGGCCAUGGUAAUCAGUGAUUUUGGUGUGGCUGAGAAUACAACAAGUGACGGUACAGUCCAGACAAAUAUAUACGGGCGUAAAGAGUUGAUGGCAAAUGGCGACGCAGCAUAUGCGGCUCUUGUAACCCCUGCCAUUCUGGAUUAUUUUGCUGACUAUUUCAAGAUACCAUAUCCCCUUCCCAAAUCGGAUCAAGUUGGUGUUCCGGAUUUCGGUGCUGGUGCAAUGGAAAACUGGGGUUUGAUCAUCUAUCGAGAGCCUUAUAUUCUUUACAAUUCAAGCACAACUGCAUUCAACUACAAAAUUACUGUAACAAGCAUCGUUGCUCAUGAACUUGCGCACAUGUGGUUUGGGAAUCUUGUCAGUCCUGCUUGGUGGGAUGACCUAUGGUUGAAUGAAGGAUUUGCAACUUAUCUUUCUUAUCUUGGUGAAGCAGCCGUGCAACCUACCUGGAAAUCGAAAGAACGAUUCAUAACUGAUGAUUUACAAGGAGCUUUAAGUGUAGAUGAACUCACGACAUCUCGUCCUCUUGUAACUGAAGUAAACACACCUGCCCAAAUUUCUGCUCAAUUUGAUACGAUAAGUUACAACAAGGGAGCAAGUAUUAUUCGUAUGAUCAACAGUUUCCUGGGAGAAGAAAAUUUUGUUAAUGGCUUAAGCGAAUAUCUGAAAGCUUUGUCAUAUGAUGUUGCAACUCAUGGUGAUUUGUUUUCCUACUGGGCAAAGCAUACUGAUGGCCUGUCCACGGGAUUGCCAACUGAUCUAGAGACUAUUUUGGAAACGUGGACUCUUCAAAUGGGAUAUCCAGUUAUCAACAUACAAGAUCUUGAUCCGUUAUCCAACAUGUUCACGCUGUCACAAGAAUAUUUCUUAAUUGACCGUGAUGCGGAACCAGUUCACACUGAAGGGAGUAAAAAAUAUAACUACAAAUGGUAUGUGCCGUUCACUUACAUAAAAGGAAGCAAUCUUGCCGCUGGAAUUGUGGAAACUGUUUGGAUUGGACUUGAUAAUACUGUGACAAUCAGUGAUUCGGAUUUCAUACUUGGAAACAUUAGAGGUGAAGGUUAUUACAGAGUGAACUACGAUGGAGACACCUGGGGUAAACUAGCUGCAAAACUGGAUUCUGCUGAUUAUCAGGAUAUACCAGAGGAAAACAGAGCUCAGUUGUUGGAUGAUGCCUUCAGUCUUGCAAGUGGGGAAAGACUUGGAAUUACGGUUCCUCUUGAAAUGUCAAGAUAUCUGUACAGAGACGAUAGUUACAUUGCAUGGACUACAUUUAUGAGAAAUAUUAGAUAUUUUGAAUAUAUGCUAGGAAGAACACCGGUGUUUGGAACAUUCUGCAACUAUAUAUUGGAACUUGUGGUCCCUUCUUUAUAUGAUAAAUAUGGAUGGGAAGAAACAGAUGUGUCUGAUGAUGCUGUAAUUGAGAGAUUAACAAGGCAGGUUGGCAUUGAUGCUGCAUGCUAUUACGGUAAUGAUGAAUGCAUUGGGAAUGCAACCGAAAAAUUUCAGUUGUGGAUGAAGAAUCCAGAUAACUGGGGAAUAAUUGAUUCCAGCUUCCGAUCCGAUAUUCUCUGUGCAGCUAUCCGUAACUCCGGCAUAGAAGAAUGGAAUUUUGCAUGGGAAAGGCAUGGCGCUGCUACUGAUAAUCCUACUUUUCAAACUAGUUUAAGGUAUGGACUCGCCUGCAGUAAAGAUCCAUGGAUAUUGACGCGGUACUUGGAAUACACGUUGGACCCAAAAAAAGUUAGAAAGCAAGAUGCAAUCAGAACUAUGCAGUACAUCGGAGGAGAAGAAUAUGGUCGUGACAUUGCUUGGGCUUUUAUGGUUGAUAAUUGGGAAGUGUUGGUGAACUUAUUUGGUUCAGGAUGGUCAUUCGACGGUUUAAUAGCCACCAUAACAAAAAGAUUCUCUACGGAAUAUGACUUGGAAAAGCUGGAGGAUUUCAAAAGUAAUACACCGGAUCUAGGAACAGCAGUAAGAGCAGUUGAUCAAGCAAUCGAAAAGACAAAAAUAAAUAUUAAAUGGAGGAGUGAUAACGAAGCAACGUUAACAGAUUGGUUUUAUGCCAAUGUUGGCACUGUACUGUAACUUUUGAAAGACUAAAGAUAAAAUGAACUAUACGUAAUUUGCUACCAUUUAAAUUUUAAAGUGAUUUAAAGUCAUGAACGAACUUUAAGAUAAUAGUAAAUAAAUUAAAUAUAAAUACGGAAAAACUAGUUAAACUAAAAUGGCUAAAGUUUGCUUCAGUAAACGUAGUACGACAAUUUAAUUUUCAAUAUAUGAUUUUCAAAUUUAACUAUUAUAAUUUAAUUUUUUGUAGUCAAUUAAGUAUAGCAUUACUGCAACAAUGCAUCUGUGUUAAUCAUUGAAAUGUAACACGUCAGAAGUUUAUCAAAUUUUCAUACCUGAUUUUUUUUGCUUCAAUAUUCACGAAAAUGACGCAGUUGUUAAAGCGCAAAUGUCGUUUAGAGUUUUCACGAAUCAGUUCACAAAGCUCUACGCCACAUUGAGCAAAUUUUUGUGAUGCUUUACCAUUUUCAAAAUGGAUCUUAGAAGUUUUAUAAUUAUCCACUGUUUCAAUAAACUGAUAAUUGUUCAUUGUG